GGUCUGGGAAGGUCCUCUGGGCCUUGGGAUUUUCGUCCGUGAGGCAGAUUAAACUCUGAACCUCCUUCUAUUCCAUGCUCAGCUUUUUAUCACUUAUUUCUCCGACCCUCACGCUAUUCCCCAAGGUCUUCGGCCAAGACCCUGAGCUUAAUCAACCAUUAUCGUUACCGUAACACUGUUAACCCCUUGCCUUGACCUCUCUUCCUAUUCGAAACAUUUCACCCUUAAACGGAUAACAACUUCCGCACUCACCGGACUGUCUGUUCCACCAUGGGCCAAAAGCAGACGGUGCAGCAACCCAAUCCCAACUCGCCCCUUGGCCAGCCCGGCCCUCAUGGCUACCCGAUGCGCUUCGGAGUGCGCCUGGCCGGGUUCAAAGGGUUCAAAAUCUACGGUGCCAAUCCCAAGCAGCCCUGCCACUACGUCGAACUGCACACACGGCGCCAGAUCCUCCAUGAAAGCGCCCGCAGAAAGGACCGCAGCCCAGCUAUAGUCACCGUCAACGAGAACUGGCCGUCGUGGUCUCUCUUUCCACUCGACGACGAAUCCGCCACCUUCACCAUCACGGUGCACAACAACGUAAAGCAAGCCACCCCCAGUCCGGAUGGCAGCAGCACCCCCGAAUCCGAGGCCGGCGAAUCCCAAACCGCCGAAGGGGAAGCCGCCGAAGGGGAAGCUGCCGCCGACCUGAUCACCGACCUGAUCAUCGACAUGGACCACACCCGCUGCCGGCCGGUCACGUUCCAGUUCACCCUGCCCAUUCCAUCCCCACAAACUGAUGGCAGCACUACCUCCACCACAACCCUCGAGACAUUCGAAUGGCGACGCGCACCACAAGCCUGCCAAGAAACGCGCGGCAUCCGCAAGAAGACGCUCCCGCCGCUCGAAACCGGCGACGACCGGCUGCCGGAGGAGAAGUUCGUGUACGCGCCAUCGGGGUCGGUGCUGGUACGCCUGGGGGGGAGCGGCGCGGGGGACGGCAGUAGCAGCAGCAGCGCGCGCUGCACACCAGGCCGCGACCGCCCCCUGGGGUUCACGCGCGACGGCGAGGAGAUCGUGGCGUCGUACACGGCGUCGCGCGACUACCGCGCGUGGUACUACUUCCAGUUCUGGGGCGCCGGCGCCACGGGCGAGCUGGGCGAGGCGUUCACCCAUGUCGCUGUCAUGAGUGGCAUGGCUGUCUAUCAGGACGAGGAGGCCGAGCGCGCAAAGCGGCGCACCAAGCGCUCGUCGGAUGUGCACGGGACGAAGCCGGCCGUCUCGACGGGCUUGCCGCGCAGGAGGGAUGGGCUCGUUGGGCAGGGCUCCGUUGGGGAUAAUGGAAGUUGUAUCCUGUGCCUUCGCUGUGUGCAGUAACUAUACAGUAAAGCUGUGUAUUCUCCUUCCCAUCGGUUCAUUGUAUCUCGUCGAGACAUCUCCUUAGACCUCUGCUCCUAACAUCCUGGAUUUUGAGAUAAGCAGGUGAGCUUUGAGACUAGAACAUCGAACUGUGAAAGAUCAAUCCUCUGUUAUAACCCCCUGUCCAAAUCGAUCGGAUUACCCACACAAACAUCCGCAGCUCGGCACAAGCACUGUUUAAGGUUGCAUGAGCUGACCGCCGUUUUCGUCAAGCGGUGUUGUUCUGGAACCCUCAGCUCUCUCCCCCCCGGUUAGCGUGCCAGCCAUAAGCCACACACUUCAAGGCUGCUGCGGCUCACCAACGAAGCAAAUAAAGUGAUUAUUCAGCCGGGACGGCGCGGGCAUGGGGUUGGGACCGAAGCUAAUCCGAAUUCUGCUCAGCUUCAUCUCAAAUCUUACUCCUUGCGUGGC